AUGGCUUCUGUUUUGAAAAAUAAAGACUUGUUAAAAACACAGGGAUUUAUCAACAAUGAAUGGGUUAACAGUUCCUCAAGUGAUACCUUUGAAGUGAAAAAUCCGGCAUUAGAACCCAAAAAAGAGUCAUAUUUAGCAACCGUGCAGUCUAUGAGUGGUGAUGAUUACGAGAAUGCUAUUGCUGCCGCUAGCGAAGCAUUCAAAACAUUUGGUAAGAGUACGGGGAGAUACAGAUCAAACUUAUUGUACAAGCUUUACGAAUUGAUGCUUGAGAAUCAGGAUGAUUUAGCAAAAUUGGUUGUUUUAGAGAAUGGUAAACCUUAUGCUGAUGCAUUAGGAGAAGUCAAGUAUGCUGCCUCUUUCUUUCAAUGGUACUCAGAACAGGCUCCAUCGGUACAAGGUGAUAUCUUGCAGUCGGGAAACGCAGACAACAUCAACAUAUUGGCUUUGAAACAACCAAUUGGAGUAUGUGGUAUAAUGACACCAUGGAAUUUUCCCUUGGCCAUGAUUACGAGAAAGUUGGGUGCUGCAGUUGCUGCAGGGUGUACCACUGUUAUCAAACCAGCCACUGAAACUCCAUUGUCGGCCUUUGCUUUAGCCCAGUUGAGUGUUGACGCUGGUUUCCCCAAAGGUGUCAUUAACGUAUUAGCAUCUCAUGACCCAGCUAAAGUUGGUAAAUUGAUUUGUGAGCAUCCAACCAUCAAAAAAGUCUCGUUCACUGGGUCAACUAGAGUUGGGAAACUCUUGAUGCAACAAUCUGCUUCCACUUUGAAGAAGAUCUCGCUUGAAUUGGGUGGAAAUGCGCCUUUCAUCGUUUUUGAAGAUGCUGAUUUGGAUAAAGCUGUCACUGGUGCAAUUGCAAGUAAAUUCAGGUCAAGUGGUCAAACGUGUAUUUGUGCAAAUAGACUUUUUGUCCAUGAAUCUAUUUAUGAUGAAUUCACUGCAAAAUUCGUCAAACAGUUGAAAGAGAAAAUUGUGUUGGGUAAUGGUUUGGACAAGGAUACGACUUAUGGGCCAGUGAUUCAUCAAGGGUCAAUGGAAAAGAUCAGAAACCAACUUAAAGAUGCUUUGGACAAAGGUGCCAAAUUGUUACUAGGUGGUGACAAGCGUCCAGAUUUGGGAGAAAAUUUCCAUGAUCUAACUGUGUUGGGCGAUGUUACUCCCGAGAUGGAGAUUUUCAAUGAAGAAACAUUCGGCCCACUUGCUCCAUUUAUCAAGUUUUCCAGCGAGGAGGAAGUUCUUAAAUUGGCAAAUGAUACACCUGUUGGUCUUGCUGGCUACUUUUACUCCAAAGAUUUGGAUAGAGUGUUUAGAGUUGCAGCAGCAUUAGAAGUUGGUAUGAUUGGUGUUAAUACCGGUGCCAUUUCCGAAGCUGCAUUACCAUUCGGUGGUGUCAAGGAGUCAGGAUUCGGAAGAGAAGGAUCUAAAUUUGGUGUUCAAGAUUACUUGAUUAUCAAGGGUGUUGUGUUGGGUAAGGGUGAGUAG